CCGAGACGGUCUGCCUCUGCGACUCCGUGAAAAAGCUGGGGGAGACAAAAAUGGUUAGUGCUGACCACUUCAUGGAAGAAGUAAUCAAGGAAUUUACAGCAUUGCACGAUGAGAAAAAACAUGACGCAGCUUACAAAUUGAUUUGUGACGCCAUACAAAACCGUGGCAUGAAUGAUCCUGAACUUCACUGGCGCCAUGCCAUGGCUUGUCGUGAUAUGGGUAUGCUGUUUGUUUUUCCAUGUUCUAACAGCUAGCCAUGACUGCGGGAAAAACGGAUAAGGCUCUGUACAAAAAGUUCGUUAACGAGGGCCUUGAAGCAGCUGAAACCGGAUUAAAACAGGAUCCUGAGAAUCCAAAAUGUCAUUGUGUAAGAAGAUCGGUUAUUAGAUUUCAACUCAUGGUUUACUUAGUGGUCAGCAAUACACCUGAACUACACGGCACAGCUGGAAGGAAUCAACAAACGAAUUGAAAAUUCAUUCAAAAUGAAAGAACAUUGGCUGAAAGCUAUUCAUGCCAAUCCGGGUGAUUCUGUUACCUUGCACGCUUUGGGGCGAUGUUGUGGUUUAGGUGCUUUGAGGUUACGGAUUUACCCUGGAUCAAACGCAAAUUUGCCCAGGCAUUUUUCAGUACUCCACCAACUUCCACCUACGAAGAGGUUCGUAGAUUGUGAUUGGGGUUUGAUCAUUCCGUCUUUCAGGGUCUGGAGUACCUGUUGGCCUCUGAGAAAGGUGAAUAUUUUCUUCGGUUUGUGCAAAGUGAUUUUCUUUGUAGCCUUCCCGAACCAACUUCCAAACAAUGCUCUUUAUCUUGCAAAAACAUACCAGCGUUUAAAGAAGAAUGAUUUGGCUAAGGAGUAUUGCGAACGUGUGUUGAAGUUUACAGAUACUGAUUUGGAAACAGAAGAAGUAUGCUCAUCUUGCUUAUAUCGGAAUAUGGCAUUUUUCUUUCAGGCCAAGAAGGAAGCCACUGAUAUGUUGAAGAAUCUGUAG